AUGUCCGGCAAAGGCGACGAUGAUUCGGGAAAUAGUGAUAAAGAUUGGGAAAUAUUCGACAUUCUCUGCGGCGAAAAGAACAUGCCAAAACAUCACACACCACACUCCCCGGUACACCAUCACCAUCAUCCACCACCGUCCUGCAAUGAUCACCUGGCACACUCGAUCGACCUGGCCACGACGCUCCGGAGCGAGCUGGCCGCUUCGACGUACAAGCGGGACCGUCUUAUGGCCGAGCUGUCCGACGUCAAGAGCUCGCUGUGUGCGAAGGAGAGCGAAUGCGAGUCGCUACGGGCCCAAAGUGCCCGCCAGACGUCACUCAUCAGUUCGCUGCAGCAGAGGUUGGCCGCGACCGAGCAGCGGGAGAAGGCACUCCACAGCCGGUCGGAAACGGUGGUCCAUACGCUGAACCGCGAUAAGAACCACCUGGAGGAGAAGAUUAAGGAGUUGGGCGGGAAGAUCCACCGGUUGCAGUGCGAGCUGACGAAGGAGGAAGGCUUGCGGGAUCAGGCACGCUGUCAGCUGCAGGAUCUCAUCCGGAGGCUGUGCCUGGUGCUCGGGAUCGAUGUGUGCGAUGGAACGCACCUCACGCCCGACUGUGUGCUCUCGAAGACGGGCGAAACGGUCUCGGAGGUGCAGCGGUUGCGGGCGAAGCUGGCCGGCACGUGCGAGAACCUGUCGUCGACGGAAUCGGAACUGAUCAGCACAAAGACGACCGCUUCGGCCGAGAAGACCCGGUUGCAUGCGCAGAUCGAGGGGUUGCAGUCGCUUUCGCAAGGAUUGGAGGGACGCUGCAGGCAAGCGGAACGGGAUCUGCAGGUGACCCGCGACCGUCUGGCAGAGUGUGAGGUUAACGGGGACAAACUGAGAGAGGAACUUCGAGGGUUUGAAUCACGAUGCUGUAGAAUACAGAACAGCUACGACCGACUGCAGACCGAGCGUUUGCAGUUCCUGCGCACGAUCGCCACGAUCGUCGGCGUGAACGAGCCGUGCGAGAAUAACAUAAGAGACAAAAUAAGGGACCUGACCAACCACAACCAGGCGUUACAUGACCAAGUCGCACAACUUCGUGAUCAACACCACCAGGAAGUCGCUAAACAUCGGGAGCAUCAGGAAAGCAGUGCCUGUCGGUUGAAGGGUGAAGAGCAGCACCGGAUGAACCUUGAGGACCGCCUCGAGAAGGCAUGCCACGAGCUGCAACAUUUCCGCGCUGAACAUACAACGCUCAGCGACUAUCUUCUCCGUUUGGCGCGGGCUCUCUGUUGGAGCGAAUGUACGGAACCGCCAGCCCCGGGAAGCGAUACGACGAUCCUGUCCGAAACGCUUCUCGAACGAGCGGAACGUUUAGCCACGCAUCAUGAGCAUCACCUGCAUGGAUCUUGCGAUAAGAGCUGUUGGGAGUCCAUCAAUCACCAUCACCAUCACGCACACACGCACAGCCAUUCGGCGAGCAAGCUGCGGCGCGAACGGUCCUGUACAGAUUUGCCUCUGAAGGAAAGCUCCACCCUGUACCAUAUGCAGCGUAAGGUGCGCGUCCUCAAGGAGCAGAUACAGCGACGCGAUCUGCAUCUGGAGCUGCUGCGGCGCAAGAUUGCACUGCUGGAGGAUAACGCUAGGGGGAAGGCCACGCUACAAACCGAACGGGAUGAGGCGAUGCAUAAGGCGCGUAAGAACUCCAAGCAAGCCGAACGCACCACCCAUCAGCUGGCCGAGGUGAAGUCCCAGCUGGCGGAGGUGAAGAUGCAGCUGAACGAGGCCUCCGAGUAUAAGAUCACAGCCCUCGAGCGUGCCCGCAAGUGCGACGAGCUGCAGUCGCGCCUUUGCGAGCUCGAGACGGAACGGGAACGGCUGGUGGGACAGCUGGCCGCCUACAAGUCUCGCGCACGGUCCGCCGUGGAGACGUCACACGAUCGUCGGGUGCGGGAUGAGCAUGCCAUGACGCAUCUUCGGGAUGAACUGUCACGCAUCAAAUCGCAGCUGGCAGACACCAACCACCGUUUAUCGCAGCUGCAAGUGUUCCGCUCGUCGGUCGCCAAACUGCUGCAUGUGUCCGACUGCUCGGACUCGGAGAUCCUGCAGAAGUUGCAGUCCGUGUGUAGCAACCACUCGCAUCACCAUCACCACCGGCAUUCCCACAGUGCGUCGAACCUUUCCCGGCGGUACGAUUCUUCCUCGCCACUGGCUGGCGAUCUGCACACGACGUUCCGGUACGACGACUUUACGGCGGGUGGUGGCGGUGGCGGGUCGCAGUCACUCGCCUGCCGACCGCUCAGCUCCAGCCCGGUGCACAAUCGCCGAUACAUCGACUCCGGGUUCAACGAUCACGACCACCACUACGAUGAUGAGUUUGAUUAUCACAAAAAAUACUAA